AUGGGGCUGAAGGCGCGGCGCGGCGCGGCGGGCGGUAGCGCGGCCGGCGGGGCGGCGGCGGCGGCGGCGGCGGCGGCGGGGCGGCGAGCGGCGGCGGGCGGCGUUGGCGACCCCGAACAGGGCUCGCUGGCCCUGGGCACCGGCGCCGACCGCGACGGGACGCUGCUGCUGGAGGGCGGCGGGAAGGAGGAAGGCGGCAAGCGGAGCCCGCCGGGGCUGGGGCUGCUGGCGAAGACCCCCCUGAGCCGCCCGGUGAAGCGGAACCACGCCAAGUACCGCCGCAUCCAAACUUUGAUCUACGACGCCCUGGAGCGACCCCGCGGCUGGGCGCUGCUCUAUCACGCCUUCGUGUUUCUGAUUGUCUUGGGGUGUUUGAUCUUAGCUGUCCUGACAACUUUCAAGGAGUAUGAAACUGUUUCGGGAGACUGGCUCCUCUUGCUGGAAACUUUUGCCAUUUUCAUCUUUGGAGCAGAGUUUGCCUUAAGAAUCUGGGCUGCUGGGUGUUGCUGUCGCUACAAAGGAUGGAGGGGGAGACUCAAAUUUGCCAGGAAGCCUUUGUGCAUGCUGGAUAUCUUUGUGCUGAUUGCUUCAGUGCCAGUGGUUGCUGUUGGGAACCAGGGCAAUGUUCUGGCCACGUCUCUCAGAAGCCUCCGCUUCCUUCAGAUCCUACGGAUGCUCCGAAUGGACAGGCGGGGCGGUACAUGGAAGCUUUUGGGAUCAGCCAUUUGUGCACAUAGCAAAGAACUCAUCACUGCUUGGUACAUUGGGUUCCUGACGCUCAUCCUAUCCUCGUUUCUUGUUUAUCUGGUUGAAAAAGAUGUUCCUGAAAAGGAUGCUAAUGGGGUGGAGAUGAAGGAAGAGUUUGAAACCUAUGCAGAUGCACUGUGGUGGGGGCUGAUCACCCUCGCUACGAUUGGGUAUGGCGACAAGACCCCCAAAACAUGGGAGGGACGGCUGAUUGCAGCUACGUUCUCUCUCAUUGGAGUGUCUUUCUUUGCUCUUCCUGCAGGCAUUUUGGGCUCAGGGCUGGCACUGAAGGUCCAGGAGCAACAUCGUCAAAAACAUUUUGAAAAAAGAAGAAAGCCAGCAGCUGAACUCAUUCAGGCUGCCUGGAGAUACUAUGCUACUAACCCCAACAGGAUUGAUCUAGUUGCUACCUGGAGGUUUUAUGAAUCAGUUGUAUCAUUUCCAUUUUUCAGGAAAGAGCAAUUGGAUGGUACUGCCAGCCAAAAGCUGGGUCUCUUGGAUCGGGUUCGUGGUACCAAUACUAAAGGAAAGCUAUUUACCCCUCUGAAUGUAGAUGCCAUUGAAGAAAGUCCUUCAAAAGAGCCUAAGAAUGUUGUCUUGAAUAAUAAGGAGCGUUUUCGCACUGCAUUCCGAAUGAAAGCGUACGCUUUUUGGCAAAGCUCAGAAGAUGCAGGAACAGGGGAACCCAUGGCGGAAGAGAGAGGUGACAGUAGCGACUUCCUUAUGGAAGAUAUGAUCCCCACAUUCAAGACAGCCAUCCGAGCUGUCAGAAUACUACAGUUUCGUCUCUAUAAAAAAAAAUUCAAGGAGACUUUGAGGCCUUAUGAUGUAAAGGAUGUGAUAGAGCAAUACUCAGCAGGGCAUCUUGAUAUGCUUUCCAGAAUAAAAUAUCUUCAGGCAAGAGUAGAUAUGAUUUUUACACCUGGACCUCCAUCUACUCCCAAGCAUAAGAAAUCCCAAAAGGGAGGAGCUUUUUCUUACCCUUCACAACAGUCUCCCAGAAAUGAUCCAUAUGUAGCCAAAGCAUCUACAGCAGAUACUGAAGACCAAAGUAUGAUGGGCAAAUUUGUUAAAGUUGAACGACAGGUUAAUGACAUGGGGAAGAAACUGGAUUUUCUUGUUGAUAUGCAUAUGCAUCAUAUGGAACAGCUGCAAAUACAAGUCGCUGAGAUAAGUCCAUUGAAAGAAAUUGCUUCUCCUGCAAAGGAGAAGAGAGAAGAAAACAAAUAUUCUGAAUUAAAAACAAUAAUAUAUAAAUACACUGAGCAGUGUGCUCAUGAAACUCCUUACAACUUCCAGCAGGUUCCGGUCAACAAAGUCAGUCCUUAUGGUUUCUCAGCACAUGGUCAUAUGACUCAUUCACAACCUUUAUCAAUAGGUGGGCAAAACUCUGGCAAACCGCAAGCCACACCUUCCUCAACUUCAUAUGCAGAAAGGCCAACAGUUUUGCCUAUAUUUACAUUAAUGGACUCCCAGGUUAGCUACCACUCUCAAGGAGACCUACAAAGCCCUUACUCAGAUAAGGUGUCUCCAAGGCAGAGAAGGAGCUUAACAAGAGACAGCGAUACUCCAUUGUCCCUUCUCUCCGUCAACCAUGAGGAACUUGAGCGGUCCCCAAGUGGCUUCAGUAUCUCCCAAGACAGAGACGACUUCCCGUUUGGCCCCAAUGGUGGAUCAGCGUGGAUGAGAGAGAAACGCUACCUAGCAGAGGGGGAAACGGACACAGACACCGACCCUUUUACACCAAGUGGCUCCAUGCCUUUGUCUUCUACAGGAGAUGGGAUUUCAGAUUCAAUAUGGACCCCUUCAAAUAAGCCAGUUUAAAAGUGCGUGUGGGGGCAGUCACUGGUUGACUUCUCCAUGUAAUGUAAGCAUACUUUGUAUAUCUCACUUACUCUACACCCAAAGCUUACUAGUUCAAAACACCAAUGGCUGCAUAAGAUGCAUGUGAUAUUAGUGGUAGUCAUUCUGCACCAUUUCAUACAAUUUACUAAUGCAGUUUUUUUCAUGCUACCAAAACUAAGGAGCUUAGUUUUGAGCAUGGUUUGCAUGACUUUACCCUAUAUAAAUGGUACAGCUGAUUUCUUCUAUGAUACAUACCUAUCUGAUACUCUUCAAUACAACAAUGGUGAAUUGGUAACAGGCAAGAUACGGUGGUCCCUGCUACAGUUUGUAAACAGAGCAGCAAAGUAAAAAUAUUUUCAGGAGCAAUAUCCCUUUGUGGAAACAUAAUGUCUGAAUCCAUUUUCCAAUAUAAGUAAAUCAAUCCCGAACCAACCUAGCCAAGAAUGUCUAGUUUUCAAAGCAGGGAAAAAGCUGAGUCCCAGUAAAUGACCUUACUGAAAUGGUUUUGUGAACUAAAUGUUUCUCAUGUGAUCUCUUAUACAACUACCCAUGAAAUACAAUGUCAAAACAAAAUUAAAGGUAGAAAUUAAAAUUAUCAAAGCCACCUCUUGAGAUUGAUCAUAGGUAUUCAUUUAUUGUAAAAUGUAAAUAUAAAUCCCUCAAACUACU